AUGAUCGAACUCAGAAAUAAGUGCGCUCUUGUAACGGGAGGAUCCGCAGGUUUGGGAGCAUCUGUUGCCCGCCAAUUGGCUGAAAAAGGCGUGAACUUGGUUAUCAACUAUAGCAAUUCCAAAGAAAGAGCCGAGGUAUUGGCUAAAGAGCUUCGCGAUCAAUAUAGCGUGCAAGUCCAUGUUGUUCAAGCUGAUGUGUUUGGUGGCAAUGAUGCGUUAGUGCAAUUGGUGGAGAAAAGUGUCUCCUUAUUGGGUCAAUUGGACAUCGUCAUUUCUAAUGCUGGGUGGACAAAAUUUGUACCCUUCAAGGAUAUCGACCAAUUAGAUGACGAGAUCUGGGACGGAUGUCUUAAUGCCAAUGUAAAGACCCACUUCUACUUGUUUAGAGCAGCCAAGAAGUACCUCGAGGCAAGCGCAGAUGGCGGUACAUUUAUUGUAUCGGCCUCAUUGGCUGGUCGUCGUCCAUAUGGUCUGAGUAUGCCAUACGCAGUGAGCAAGGCUGCAUUAAUUCAUCUUGUUGAGAUUUUGGCUAAGUCACAGGGUCCAAAAAUCAGAGUUCACUCUGUCUGUCCAGGUCUCCUUUUGACUGAGUGGGGACAGAAGUUCUCGCAGGAAGUGGUUGAUCUGGCAAUUGAAUCUUCACCAAUUAAGACCGUGGCUGAUGUCGAUGAAACCGCGGCCCAUUUCGUAUUCCUUUGUCAAAUUUCGAGCUCCACAGGAACUACUGUCGGCGUCGACGCUGGUUUGUACCUCUAA